GCAGACAAGGCCGCCACUCCAGGUCUACCCUGUUACUCAUUGGGCAAUGAGGCGUUUGAAACCGAACGUGAGGGCGGUCUUCCAGAAGGGACGAGGGGGAAGAGGAGGAGCCUAAAGAGUUAGGGGGAGGAAAAGGGGAGGGGCAGUGGGAGGAACAUGGAGUCCCGCCCCUCCCCGCUGCGGUUGGCUAGGAAGGCGUAGUGACGUCACAGAGGCCCCUCGAAGCGGGCUGGUGAGUGGCUGCAUCCGGGUGUACCAAGAGGGGUGUGAGAGAAAAGUGCUGACGUUAUACCGAGGCUCCGCCCCUUCCUUGGAACGGCGAGACUCUUGCUGCGCAAGCUCGGGCCAAUCAGAGGGAAGGCUCCCGAAUGACAUGUUUUUUACUUCACGGUGGGGCAAAAGCCGUAUGUGUUCAGUAGAGACUGUACUUUGAAUUUUGAAUUUGGACCUCUUCCAGAGUAUGUGGUGAUGGAACGCAGCUGAGCAAUAAGGUGAAAGGGUGGCUUAUCCAACAUGUCAAACCCAGGGACCUCCUGAGCAAGAUUCCCCGUAGGUGCUGAAGAUGGAGAUGCAGGGGGCUCUGGAACCCCAUAAAAUAGUAUACAGUCCCGGCCCUGCCAGUUUUUAGCCUGUGACCUUGUGUCUGACAAGAUGUACCAGGUCCCACUGCCGCUGGACCGGGAUGGGACCCUGGUCCGGCUCCGCUUCACCCUGGUGGCCCUGGUCACGGUCUGCUGUCCACUUGUCGCCUUCCUCUUCUGCAUCCUCUGGUCCCUGCUCUUCCACUUCAAGGAGACAACGGCCACACAUUGUGGGGAUGUACUCUGCAGUCUCCCAGCCCUUGGACCCUGAUGGGACCGUGUUCCGGCUCCGCUUCACAGCCAUGGUCUGGUGGGUCAUCACUUUCCCCGCGUUCGGCUUCUUCUUCUGCAUCAUCUGGUCCCUGGUGUUCCACUUUGAGUACACGGUGGCCACUGACUGUGGGGUGCCCAAUUACCUUCCGUCGGUGAGCUCGGCCAUCGGUGGGGAGGUGCCCCAGCGCUAUGUGUGGCGCUUCUGCAUUGGCCUGCACUCAGCACCGCGAUUCUUGGUGGCCUUCGCCUACUGGAACCACUACCUCAGCUGCGCCUCCCCGUGUCCCAGCUACCGCCCUCUCUGCUGCCUCAACUUUGGCCUCAACGUCAUCGAGAACCUCGCGCUGCUAGUGCUGACCUACGUCUCCUCCUCUGAGGACUUCACUGUCCACGAAAAUGCUUUCAUUGUGUUCAUCGCCUCAUCCCUCAGCCACAUGCUCCUUACCUGCAUUCUCUGGCGGCUGACCAAGAAGCACACAGUAAGUCAGGAGGAUCGCAAGUCCUACAGCUGGAAGCAGCGGCUCUUCAUCAUCAACUUCAUCGCCUUCUUCUCGGCGCUGGCUGUCUACUUUCGACACAACAUGUACUGUGAGGCUGGAGGGCCAUUGGGGUCUUCAAGCAACAUCACCCCUACCGAGGCCCCAAGAAGCAGAGCUGGCAAGACAGCUCCACCAUUUGGUGCUAAAAAAGUCUUGAGGUUCAUGACCACCAUCCGGUUCUUGGCCUUUACAUAGCCACCCUUCACUGAGGUCAGGGACCACUGAACAGUGAGUGGCUACUACCUGGAAACCACAACCAUUUCUCUUCAUGUGUCUCAUGACCUGCUGUGUACAUCUAGGCCUGUGGCCACAGCACCCUGCUAAGGUUGCCCAGGUAUUCUGAGUUCACUCUGAUUUGGCAUGUACCCACAGCGUGCACCAUUCCCUCAGCCCUAGUGUGUCCAUGUGUGUGAUGGGGUGGACAUGCUGUAUGAUUUCAAAGGGCUCUGCCAGUCUGUAGUUCUGAGGCCAUCUGAUGGAGUGGUGUUCUGUACCUGAAGGAUGACAUUUUCUAGAGAAAGCACCAGCACAGCAUGCAUUUCCCUUCCCUUCUGAAAUCUGGCUUAUGGACUCUUCUUCCUUUGCAAUGUUACGGGUGAAAGGGUCAGAUGCACAGAUCACUACCCCAAAAUGGGCUCCCUGGUAUCCCUCCAUCUGCCCUACUGCCCAGGCUCUUUUGUGUACAUUUAUUUCAAAGGAAAAUAAAUUUCUUUCUUUUUUCUUUUU